AUGAUAUCUUUGCUGAAGAAGCGGCUGAGGGAUCGAACGCUGUCGGCCGUAGAUCUCUACGCCAAGACGUUGAGCGAUAUUGAAAAUAAGUCUGAUCUCAAUGCGUUUGUGCACAUCACACGAGACGGAGAUCAGCGAGCAGCUGAAAGCCACAAACGGUUGCAGGAUGGUACACAAAGGCCUCUGGAAGGGAUUCCGAUUGCAGUCAAAGACAAUUUCUGUACUAAAGGUGUGCCCACAACAUGCGCGUCGAAAAUGUUACAGAACUUUUUACCGGUUUACGACGCUACAGUGGUAGAACGUUUAAAAGCUGCUGGGGCUAUAAUUAUCGGCAAAACUAACUUGGACGAAUUUGCCAUGGGUUCUGGCACCGUAGAUUCAAUUUUUGGCCCUACUAAAAAUGUAUGGCGUUCAAAACCCAACCAAUGGCACAUUGCAGGUGGUAGUUCUGGUGGCAGUUGUGUAGCAGUGGCUUCGGGAAUGUGUGUAGCUGCUUUAGGAUCAGAUACUGGUGGAUCAAUAAGAAAUCCUGCUUCAUAUUGUGGUGUAGUUGGUUAUAAACCUAGUUAUGGCUUGUUAUCACGCCAUGGUUUGAUACCUUUAGUAAAUUCAAUGGAUGUACCUGGUAUUGCGGCUAAAACUGUCGAAGAUGUGGUCACCGUGCUGAGUGUGCUGAUUGGACCAGAUGCAAAUGAUUCAACGUGUGUGGACACACAUUUGGAUACAAAUUCAUUUCAAACCAAUUUUUUAAUAGACAAGUGUCGUAUUGGCAUACCCGAAGAAUAUAAUUGUGAGGGUUUGUCCAACGAAGUUAAAGAAACAUGGGAUUAUAUUGCAAACCUCAUUAAUGAUUCUAAAGGAAUAGUAAAGAAGGUAUCAAUGCCUCAUACCAGUGUUUCAAUAGCCACAUAUUCAGUAUUGAAUGCCUGCGAAGUAGCAAGCAAUAUGUCACGAUACACUGGACUUUUCUAUGGUUAUCGAUCAACAGAUGAUCACAAAUCUUUUGAAUCAUUAAUCUCUACAAGUCGAAUGGAAGCUUUAGGAGAAGUUGUAAGGUCUCGAAUUUUAAGUGGAAAUUUUUUCCUUUUACGAAGUAAUUAUGAAAAGUAUUUCAUGCAAUCAUUAAAAGUUAGACGAUUGAUAUCAGAUGAUUUUAAAAACGUAUGGAAAUCUAACUAUGACUUUUUAGUUACACCUACUACAUUAAGUACCGCUCCACUACUAUCUGAAUUUAAGUCUUUAGAUAACCGUACACAAUGUGCUACACAAGAUUAUUGUACCCAACCAGCAAAUAUGACUGGUUGUCCAGCUAUUACUAUACCAGUAAAAUUAUCAAGUAAUAAGAUGCCAAUCAGCAUACAAAUAAUGGCAUCAAAUUUUGAUGACAUAAGAUUGUUGCAGUUUGCUAAUUGGUUAGAAAAAAAAUUACAAUUUCCUCAAGAUUAUCUAUAA